AUGUUCCCUGACUCGAAAGUAGCCGAGCAAUUCAGUAUGGAGCGAACAAAAAUGUCUUAUGUUGUUUCACACGGUUUGGGACCGUAUUUUCAUCGUGAUCUUGUUGAUGAUAUCAAACGUUGUGAACGGUUCGUAUUAUGUUUCGAUGAACAAACCAAUAAUCAAAAUAACAAGCAAGUGGAUCUACUGUUCAAGCACUGCGCUGCAGUGAUCCGUGAUUGUAUUGUCGAAUCAUUUAAAACGGACGGAAUUGAACUAAAACGUCUAUUGAUGAUUGGACAUGAUAACCCAAACGUAAACAAAUCGUUAGAAAAAUUGAUCGAUGAAGAAAUGACAAAAGUCGGUGGAGAACUGCUGAAAAUUGAUCCGUGUCAUAUCCAUGUUGUACACAAUGCAUUUAAAGCAGGUGAGAAACUGGAAAAAGGACCAUUAAUCCAUCUAUUGCAUCAAGAAUUGUCCGACCUGUAUCGUACCGUAUUAUUGUCUUUUCUAACACCACAUUACAUUGGAAAUAGGCAAGGUGGUGAAUUACUAUCGAUCGAUUAUACAUUAGCUGAAAAACAACUUGAUAAUAAACAAAUACGAAUUGACGAACGUGAACUAUUUAUUCAACAAGUGAAAGCAAUUUAUCAUGCUAUCGCCGCAUACCUCAAAUUGAAUCUUCCAUUGAACAAUUCGUUUUUGCGUGAUGUGCAAAUAUUAGACAGUUCUCAUCGUUCCGAUCCAAGUGAAAGUGAUGCAAUCGUUCGUGUCGGUCGCUCUGUACCGGGCCUACUAUUAUCAAAUGAAAUUGAUCUUCUACGUGCUGAGUGGCUCUCGUAUUCACUUGAAAAAAUCGAUGAAUCAUGGAUAAUCAAACGAAGUUAUCAAGAUUCGGAUGGAAAGGAGCGUCUCGAAUAUCAACGAAUCGAUUUUUAUUGGAACAAUGUAUUGUCAAUCCUCCGAAAUAGUGGACAAUCGAAAUAUCCGACUAUGACCAAACUCAUCAAGAACGUUCUCAUCAUUUCACAUGGCAAUGCGGAUGCAGAACGUGAGUUUAGCAUCAAUCAAAAUAUCGUGACCGACAAUCGCACUCUGCUGUCCGAAAAAUACAUCAAUGGUCUCCGUUCAACGUAUGAUGCGGUGAGAUCGCAUGGUUCUGGAUCAGCUCACAAGAUGUCCAUUGGCAUAGAAACAAUUCGUUCGGUUCAAAGAGCAGCGUCAUCGUACAAGGAAGAAAUGUUGAGAAUGAAAGCACUCGUUGCUGCUAAUGAACAAGAAAAUAAACAACUUCAAAAAGUGGCUCAACUGUUGAUCGAAGAAGGAACUCGACGUUUGGAAAAUUCGUUGAAGAAACGCGAUCUAACUGAUGCACAAGCUGCGCAUGCAUUGAUCCAGACCGGAAAUGAUAAAUGGACAUCAACCAGCGAAGAAAUGUCAAAGACAAUGGAGAAGCUAUCGAAAAUUCAGCAAAAACGCACACGUGCUGAACAUGAACAGUCAAAAAAGAAACAAAAAUUGGCUCAUCAGCAGUCCACUAUCCCAAGUGAUAAAAGUGGAAAUUAA